AUGAUGANUCGUGGAGAUUUUCGGUAUGCUACACCAACAUUAACUGUUCAGCGACUCAGAUUUGUCAAUGGAUAUUGCAAGGACGCUGAUGGUGGUUGUGCUAUUUUACAGAAAAAUGGUGGAACAACAGUCGUGAUUGACUCCAGUUUUGAGAAUAACAUUGGUCCUACGAUAGGUCAAGAUGUUGCCGGAGGUGCCCUGUGGACAAUAGGUGGUGGUGAUACGACCAUUGUUCGAAGUGUUUUUCGCGACAAUAAAUGCUCGAAUGGAGGUGGAAUAGGCAUUCUUGGUAGUGGUUUAUAUAUCUACAAUAGUCAUUUUCAAAAUAAUCAAGCUACGGGCAAUGGUGGUAAUCCGGGUUUGGGUGGUAAUGGAGGUGCAAUUUCUUUUGAUGGACGCGGGAGAAUGAAUAGUAUAUGCGGAACGCGAUUUACAAGUAAUCGAGGAAACAAAUUUGGAGGCGCCUUCUUUCGCGUAUCUUAUAAUGGAAAUGAGACAAAUAAUUUCGAUUCCGUUUUGGUGGACAGUAAUUUUAUUCCUGUAGACAGCAAAGGAUUAGCAGGUGGAUUAUACAUUCAAGGUGGCAGUGCGUCCAUUCGCAAUUCGAUCAUUGCAAAUAAUUCAGCAGGAGGUGCCGGUGGAUUAUUCUUAGCCGACGAAAAGUCUGUUGCGCUGAUUGGUGUGAAUUUCUAUGAGAAUCAAGCUUAUACAGGUCUUGGUGCUGCAGUAUAUUGUAGUAACCCUGUAUCGGGUUCAUUUACUGGUUUAACGGUUGCCAAUAACCAUGCUGGUGCAUUCGGUGCUGCAUUUGCCUCUUGUGGUACAACCAUAACACUUUCAAGCUCAGUUAUUGCAAACAACACUGUCGUUAACCCUUGGCCAGCCAAUGCAUGUACUAGUACAAUGACUCAUGGAACAAAUGUAGUUCAGUCUCCCAUGAAUAAGCAAAGUCCUGCUUCCGGAACGGAUUCUCCGUGCACGAACGGUCCAGUGACAAUGAUAAAUAGUGUUUCAAUUUCAUUAGAUAAAACAACGUGGAAACUUCAGGCGACCGGAGUGCAAGUCGGAUACGUUGGCCCAAACGUCGUCCCCGGUUUAUAA